AUGAGGGACGAGGCAGCAGCGGAAGUGUCCCGCGCCUGUGCUGCGUUGGCAAGUGUGGAAGACAAAGGGGAAGGUGAGGGCGACACCGGCGACACCGAAAGGAAUGACCGGCGAACUAGGUACCAGAAGGCUCGACAUGGGCUGCGUCAACUGACCAAAGUCUUCACUGUCACCGUUGGCAUUGGCUCGCGAGGUCGAGGCCUUUGUUGCAAAGGGCCCCGCAGCACCCUGGCGCCUGAGCGCACUGCACCAGCCAUCGGGGCCGGGGCGCCUAUGGUGAAGCGUGGUGAAGCAGACUUCAGACGUAUGUCAUAUGCGAGCCCAUGCGAUGCUUCAAGGACGGGCUCGAUCGGCACCACUGCGGCGCUGCUGGACCCAGAGGCUUAUCGCCUGAAUCGGGAGAAGGCCACAGCACAGGCGCGUCCGGAGCACAAUGAACCGAACGAACCGAUAUCAAAAGCGAAGCUCACCAGCCUGAAGGCUGACAAGAAUCUGGAUGCCAUGCUCGAAGCGUAUGUUGUGGAGAAGGAGCAGAUACAGCGCGCCAUUCAAGAAGAGGUGGAGUUAGUCCAGCGGCAGAAAGAUGAGGAAGCCCACUUUGCGGCGGAGCUCCAGAGUCUGCGGGAGCCAGGGCCCUGCUCCUUACCGUAA